UUUUAAAUUAAGAGUACAUUUCCAGUGGAAGUACAAAUAUGAAAAUAGUUUUGUUAAAGUCAAAAGUCAAAAAUGGGCUGCUUGUAUUUAGAAAUACUGAGAUUUCUGCAGCAGAACAGAGGCUGUUUUCUGUGUGCCAGUGUGCCAUUGCCCAGAGGCUUGUAUUGGAAUGGGCUCACUUAGUGGAUGUAAGUGAAAUCAACUGAAUUUAAAACAUACUAUAUUAUUUAUUCGCUUAGCCGAUGUCCUCAACCAGGACAACCUACACGACCGACACUUUAUAUAUCAUAAAUUUAUGAAUCUGGGUAUAUUCUCUGAAGCAGAUCAGCUUAAGUGAAUUUAAAAGGCAUGCCAUGACUGUGGCUCACUCAGGAAUCAACCCGGCGACCUCUCUUGCACGUAAAGCAAAAUUUUAAUAUUCAGAAGAUGGAUUCGUUUAGACAGAACUGACGAUUGUGAACACAUAAAUAUGUAAACUUCUCUACACUGCUUUACGACGUUGACAGAACGUGCCUUUAUUCAAAAUGCACCUUUUUCCGAUUCCCUGGAACGUGUACCGGCAUUCUGAAUAGCCUAAAGCGGAAGUGAAAUGAUAUGUUUUAAAAAAUACUUUCAAAACACGUAUGCAUCUUUAACAGUAGUUUUUAUUGACCACAAUGUAUCCUCUUUUUUGUUAUUAUUUUUUUAUACCAGAUUCAGUUGCCUUUUUCCUGAGAAACUAUCUGGCUGGGUGGCGACAGUUCUUAAAUAGGCUAACCUAUGCAUUACUCAGAUAUCCGCGUGUGUAGUUGAAUAAUCUGACAGUCUGUUGUACAGCGGUGAUGCAGCUGCAUUGCAUGACACAUCUCCUUGCAGUAUAUACCUGUACGAACACAUCAGAGGAGGAGAUUACUACUAAGUGUCACUGCUAAUGGCAGAACAUACAGUUUCCCCCUCCCUCUGUCGUUUCUGGAUUUAUAGUUCUGCCUAGUGAGCAGCAGGAUUUAUUGCCGUUUCUCCUCAUUUAAAAAGAUCCGAAAAAACAAUGACCGGACAGCGCGCAGCUACGUAGAGAAAGUGAACGUGAAUGACGCUCGUAUAUUGUCAAGAAGAAAGCGCGCUUGAAUGGAUGGGAUAAACGUGAACGGCGAGGAGGGAAUUAAGACUGAGAGAAACGCUGGGAUCCCGCGCAGGACAAAGGAGAGCGCAGUGAAGAACUGCGAUGGCCUAGAUUUGUAAAACCUCAGAAGCUGGUCUGUCAUUCUGCCGCACUGGAUUCCGUUUAAGACGCUAGAUUUAUUAUUUUAUUUUUUUUGUGUGUAUUUGAAUGCCGAGUGCCUUGGGGUAAGCCUUAUAGUAUCAGAUGUUCGCAACUUCGCGCAAAAAUGCAUCAAUGGAACACACUCGAAAACGUAAUCCUUUACGUUUUAAAAAUAAAAAUAAUUGAAAACAGUGACACUUUUGAGAGGUUUGGCAUGUUUUGUUUCUCGAUGGUUGUUUAUCCAGAGCAUUGACUACGCCAUGGCUAUUUAACCCCGCGGUUAAAUGAGUAAAUAUACUUUUAUGUUCUCGCAACAAUGUUAACUCUUUGAAUUAUGGCGAUGACCGCGGAAUCUGGUGGUAGCUGCGGCGCAUCCCGUAAAAGCGACGGGAAAAGCCCCGGGGCCCCAGACCGCAAUGGUAACGCGAAAACUUGCAUCGCGUCUUUGUCUCAGCGUCCGGACUACAGAGCGUUGCCGAGACUGGCGCUGGACAAAAUACGGAGUUCCGAGAGACUUUCGUCUGCAGUCUUCGUGGGGUCGCUUUCGGUCUUUCUCGCCCUGGUGGUUAAAUUCGUGAACUGGGGAUGCGAGCGCAGCGGCAGAAGCAAUAGCAGACAGACCGGGUCUCCCGUCAUUUUCACGUCCAGCUGCGCGGGGGAGCUAUUGCUAACUUGGUGGCAUCUGCUUUCCACAAUCGUCACCCUCCUUUGUGCCUUCUUCUGGGUCGGCUUGCAUCUGAUCCGCUGUGGAGUCCUGGUCCAAACAGUCCUUUUUCUUUUGACCGCGUGCCAGCUGGGCGAAGCGGCGGCGCAGUCGCUCGUGCACGGGGCGGAGGGGCAGUUGCUCUCGUUCACUUCGACCGUGGUGGUGCUCGCGUGCCUGGCGAGCGGCGCACUGAUGGUGGCGAAGCUCGAGCACGGGAUCUCCAUCAUCGUCUUCAUCAGCGUCGUCCGGACGGUCUCCAUAAUUUCGCUGAGCAAAGUACGGGCCAGCUGGAGACCGUACUUGGCGUACGUCGUCGGGGUGCUCGGCGUCUUAUUAGCGAGGUAUGCCGACAAGCUGCUGCCGAGCCAAGGGGUACAGAGGGAGGGCUGUACCUCCGUGACCGGGGCAAAGGAAGAUAUCCCGGUUUUUAAAAGGCGAAGGAGGUCCAGCUCCGUGAUAUCGUCGGAAAUGGGACACGGUCAGUCUAACAGCAAGUCGCGCCGGCGCACCUCCCUCCCGUGCAUACAGAGGGACCAGACGCUGUUCCAGUCUGAACUGGACCACAAGCGGGGCCCUCGGAUGUCCCAGUCCCUGGGCACCAGCGUGGCGGUGGACGUCGCCGUGAUGGGCGAGGCCCACGGCCUCAUCUCGGACCUGCUGGCGGACCCCUCCCUGUCCCCAAACACCUGCACCUCGCUCCGCGCCGUCAGCAACCUGCUGAGCACCCAGCUGACCUUCCAGCCCCCCCCGCACCGGCCCCGCCUCAACACGCUGGGCUCCUUCAGCGACACCCACGCCUGCUCCGACUCCGACGACGGCGGCGGCAGCGGCAGCCUGGACAGGGUCGAGAGGCUGGCCAUCGCCAAGCGUCUCAGGCGGAGCCUGCCCCAGGGGGUCCUGCACAGGGUCUCCUCCAGCUGGACCACCACCACCUCCGCCACGGGCCUCCCCACCCUGGAGCCGGGACCCGUGUGCCGGGACCGCUCCGCCAGCGGCAAGCUCGCGCACGAGGGCUCCACCUGCAGCUGUGGGCGAGCCUAUGCUAAGCUAAGCCACGGGGAAGGGUCAGCUGACAGGAUACACCGAACACACGACCCGGCGAUGACGUCGUCUGACUACGACAGCACGUACGAGACCAACAACAGCGACAGCAGCGACGUGGCGCAGAACGACGACGAGCCCCGGGGAAGCAGGAAGCCCGCGGAGCCGCCGGAGGGGUGCAGGGCGUGCCCGUCCGAAAACAGCGUCCUGCACCCCUUAAUACACACAGGGGAAGAGCCCAUUCUGGCCCCCGAGCCCCUGGUGAUGGCGGAGCUGGAGCCGCUGAUGAGCCAGCUCAACAACUGGAACUUCCCCAUCUUCAGCCUGGUGGAGAGAACGCACGGCGACGGCGGCCGCAUCCUCAGCCAGGUGUCCUUCAGGCUCUUUGAAGACACGGGGCUGUUCGAGACGUUCAAGAUCCCCGCGCGCGAGUUCAUGAACUACUUCCACGCCCUGGAGAGCGGGUACCGGGACAUACCGUAUCACAACAGGAUCCACGCCACCGACGUGCUGCACGCGGUCUGGUACCUCACCACGCAGGCCGUCCCGGGUCUGCCCAGCCUCGUCAACGACCACAGCUCCGCCAGCGACUCCGACUCGGACAGCGGCAUCACGCACAGCCACAUGGGCUUCCUGCUGUCCAAGACGUACGCGGCGUCGGAGGACGGCUACGGCUGCCUGUCGGGCCUCGUCCCCGCCCUGGAGCUCAUGGCGCUGUACGUGGCGGCCGCCAUGCACGACUACGACCACCCGGGCAGGACCAACGCCUUCCUGGUGGCCACCGGCGCGCCGCAGGCCGUCCUGUACAACGACCGCUCGGUGCUGGAGAACCACCACGCCGCCUCCGCCUGGAACCUGUUCAUGUCGCGGCCCGAGUACAACUUCCUGGUCAACCUGGACCACGUGGAGUUCAAGCGCUUCCGCUUCCUGGUCAUCGAGGCCAUCCUGGCCACCGACCUGAAGAAGCACUUCGACUUCCUGGCCGAGUUCAACGCCAAGGUGGGGGAUGACGGGAGCCCGGGCAUCGACUGGGCCAAUGAGAACGACCGGCUGCUGGUGUGCCAGAUGUGCAUCAAGCUGGCCGACGUCAACGGGCCCCUGAAGAGCCGGGACCUGCACCUGCAGUGGACCGAGGGCAUCGUCAACGAGUUCUACCAGCAGGGUGACGAGGAGUCCAGCCUGGGCCUUCCCAUCAGCCCCUUCAUGGACCGGGCGGCGCCGCAGCUGGCCGAGCUGCAGGAGUCCUUCAUCGCGCACAUCGUGGGGCCGCUCUGCGGCUCCUACCACUCCGCCGCCCUCAUGCCCGGCCGCUGGGCCGAGCGCGGGGACGAGGAGGAGGAGGAGGAGGGGGAGGAAGAGGACGCGGCGGCGGCGGAGGAGGACAACGCGUACGCCGGCUCCGAGGCCUCCCGGAGCGGGACGGAGAAGAGGCGGAAGGCGUUCUGCCCCAUGACCCGCCACCUGCUGGAGAACCACCGGAUGUGGAAGGAGGUGAUCGCGGAGGCGGGGCUGAAACCGGGGGAGGAGGAGGAGCCGGCUCGCCGCGGCAACCCCGCCGAGCCCAGCCCGGCCAUCCACGAGGAGGAGGAGGAGGAGGAGGAGGAGGAGGAGGAGCCGGGCAGCAAAGGGGCGGGGCCCGAGGAAGGCCCGGUGCGGCAGGCGGAGUCGGAGGCGGAGCUUGAGGCCCCGGAGUCCGAAACCGCCGAGGAAGAGGAGGGGCUGCCAGAUUGACACUGCUGACGAAGAGCGAGCCAAAGCAUUGUUUUAUUUUUGCUUUUUUAAAAACUGAUAUUUUUACUGGCAGCACAUGACUUAGACACAACACUGUAGAAGUUUGGGGAGUAUGUGCCUAUAGGAAACAGGGUGGGGUGAGGGUGGGGUUUUUGGGUAGGAAGGGGUGGGGCUAAGGAUCCAUUUGGGGAAGCUUCCAUCCUGUAUUAUUGGACCACGAAUCAGACACCACUAGGCGGGUGAGCCUGACCAAUCAAAAUCCCCAAAGCAACGUGCACACGGUGGACUCUACGGACUGCUCUUUUUUUUCCUAAGAGAAAUAUUUUUAAAUAAAAUAACUAUUUAAAAAAAAAAAAGAAAGGAGAAACAAUGAAACACGUUUUUUAAUUUUAUUUUUAUUUGUUGUUUGAUUUGACACAACAAACUCGUCUUAUAGCGGGAUUUACAGCAUUCCCCCAAAUGAGGUGUUUGUUUUCUCUGUUUGUCCCGUCUCCGUCUGUCCGUCCCAUCUGUCUGGGCGCGCGGUAAGCUAGCUGCGCGGUAAGCUAGCUGCGCGAGCGUCUGCCCGGAGCCCAUUCCAGCGCGGGCUAGCGGGCUAACGGGCUAGCGGGCUAGCGGGCUAGCGGGGCGGGAAUAGCGCGAGUCUUAAAGCUCUAUCCCGGCUUCCUGGAAAGCACAGCGAGGUUCGCGCCACGUUUUUUUUUCUUCUUCUUCCUGGCGGUUAGUCGUCCUGGUCUGGGAAGCCCCACCGCGGUCCCGCAGUCCCCCCUGCACUGUCCACCCACCUGUCAGCCGGCUUUCUGGUCCUCUUCCCAUCUCGCUUUAUCACCUGCUGGUUUUCAUUACUGACCCUGGCCGUUUCACACCUUCAUACUAGUGUGUCUUCAGCCCUGUUCCUGGAGAUCUUCCCUCCUCUUAGGUUUUGCAUUUCGACCCUAAUUUGGCACACCCGACUCCACUAAUUAGCAGCACAAUGAGAUAUCCAGCUGUUGAAUGAGGUGUGUGUGUGCUUUGUUAGGGUUUGAGUGAAAACCUACAGGACUGUAGAUCUCCAGGAGCAGGUUUUCACUCCAAACCCCGGCAAAGCGCACGUUCAGCAACUAGAGAAUCUCAUUGAGAUGCUAAUUAGUGGAAUCAGUGCCAAGCUUGAGUGGAAAUGAAAACUUGCAGGAUGGUGAUGUCAGGGAACAGGGUUUGGAACCACAGCUUGGUUUCCUCGCAAACAGAUGGCUAGCAAGGGAACUACUCGUAUGAACUACUUGUAACUGUUGUCAUGUAUCGCCCGUGGCACACCUCAAAGAGACGCCGCGGUCCACAUCAACAUUUUGGUGGUCAGCGGCGCCGAAGCAGUACCUCGACGCGGACCGGGCGCCGGCCCCCCAGCGAGAGGCACCCGUGCCCUUUCACAGAGAACUUCCACAGGCCGCGGUCCAAAAGUGCACGACCGGCGCACGCAAAAAGGCGUAGAAUCUGUCUGGUUUCGGUUCGUCCAGGGACGGUCGAGGUCUCGCGGCACGCGGCCAGGCGAACACCGGUAAACGUCUUAGCCGCUGCGCUGAUCUGGGUUUCGACCCAGAGUAAUUUAGUCCUCCAUUUUGCUUGACAAAUUACAGAGACGGAAAUGACAGGGAGAUAACGGCGGAUUCGGUAGUGCCGCUUUGGUACUACGAGUUCAGCAGCCGGAGGCGUAAGAAAAAGAGGUGCUUCUGUUUCACAGUAGACCCGUUAAAAAAAAGUCCUGGCGGGAGGAGUCGGUUUUGCUCCAGACUUCGGAGAACUCUGUUUCUCUUGACGUUGGAUGCCUGAGCCCUCCGCUGCAGGGGCGGCCGUGUUCUGGAACUUUCCAGCUCGCGGGGGGGGGGGGGGGGUCUCCUGGUCCGGGGCACCGGCGGUCGAACGGGCCAAUGCGGCGCGACCGUUGCGACCCCUCACCCGUAGAGACUGUCCAAUCAGUAAGUUGGUGGGCGGGGCCUCUACUCACAAGAGACUCUAGAAGGCAGUGGGGGUUUUUUUUCCCCCCCUAUUUAACUUGAUGUAUCCUUGCAGAUCUAUUGGCCAUCUCUGAUAAACGGGCACUGAGAGAUUAGUAAUAAUUGCACCGCAGGUUGUUGAAGGGGAAGAUGGAUGGAACGGCUGCUUGCUUUUUUCUAUGCUUUACCCCAAUCUCUCGAGAUCUUAAUCAUUUCAGACCGGAGCUCGUUUUUGCAGCGCCGUAGCUUUGAAGCGACGCUAAUUAAAACGCUACGCUCGGCGUCUGCAGAAGGGCGCGUUUCCCUUACCGUGGCGAACGCCCUCUUAUGCGACCGCCCGCUAUCCUGCAGAAAAUCGUUUUUCACCGAAAGCCGUCUCCUGCCGUUAAAGCGACGUCAACACUUCUGCGUCCUGAACGUUGUCAUUGCGCUCUGGGGUUUUUUUUUCGGGAAGAGAGAACCUCUUUCUGUUUAUCAGCAUUUUAGUAAUACAGCUCGUCGGUUUAACUCCUUUGUUUUUCGUUCGUUCAGUUACGAGUGCUGAAAAGAGUAAUUCUCCGAAUCAGAUCUUGAGUUCUGCCCCCUGGUGGCAGUGGAGUUUAAAGCUCAGAACAUAACAUUGACCGUUGCUGCAGCCUGUGAUUGGCUGAUUCCGGCUCGUCGUGGCCCCAGGCACACGCUGGCUCCCGAUCGGCUGAAUCGUUCCACUUCUGUGCUCCCUUAAUGUAAAACAGAGCCGCGAGCUCCGCCCCACCCUCCCCUCCCCCUCUGCGUAAGCUCCUCCCCUCCCACCGUAGCUCCUCCCCCAAUGUCAAAGACACACCGCGUCCUUCGCUUCUCUUCCCUCUUUCCCCUCCUCCCCUUUAAAAACGCUGAAACGUCCCUGGAAGACGUCGCGCUCGAAACGCGCCCAAUCGAUGGCGGGGAUUUUCCGAGUCGCCGCCGUCCGAGCGGUGUAAUCUUUCCGCACGCUGCCCGCGGCGCA